GGCUUUUCUGGAUGCUUCCCAGAAGAACCUUUACAGAGAUGUGAUGCGGAAAGUCCUCAGAAACCUGGCUUCUAUAGGAAACAAGUGGGAAGACAAGACCACUGAAGAUCAGAUUGAAAACUGUGGAAGCAACCUAAGGCACAUCACAUCUCACUCUGGACACAAAUAAUAUAAGCAUGAAGAAUGUGAAGAGAAGCCAUGUGAAUUUAAACAAUAUAGGAAAUCUCUGGUUUCUCUCAACAUUUGUUCACACACAAAUGUUGUUACAAACUGGAGAUAGACCACAUGAAAGUACAGUACGUGGGAAAGUCAUCAGUUCUUCCAAUGACAUUUAAAGACAUGAAGAAACUCAUACUGGGUGGCAACCCUAUGAAAGUCAACAAUGUGGUGAAGCCUCUUUUUCUCUCCCAGGUGUUCAAAGACACAUGAUAACACACAGUGGAGGUAAACCUUUUCAAUGUGAGGUAUGUGGGAAAGCCUUUCAUUUCUCCUCUUUAUUUAGAAGACGUGAAAGAACUCAUUCUGGAGAGAAAUUCUAUGAAUGUAAACAAGAUAUUCGAACCUUUAUUUCACAGACAAGUCUUCAAAAGCACAGGGUCACACACACAGGGAAUGCACAUUUCAAAUGUAAGGUAUGUGGGAAAGACUUUGCUUAUCCCAGAUUACUUAGAAAACAUCAGAAAACACAUACUGGAGGGAAGCCCUAUGAAUGUAAGCAGUGUGGCAAAGCCUUUGCUAGAUCUGGUGACCUUCACAUACAUGAAAGAACUCACACUGGAGAGAGGCCCUAUGAAUGUAAGUGGUGUGGGAAAGCCUUCACUCAGUCCUCUCACCUUCACUCACAUGAACAAACUCAUACUGAAGAGAAGCCCUAUGAAUGUAAGCAGUGUGGCAAAGCCUUUGCUAGAUCUGGUGACCUUCACAGACAUGAAAGAACUCAUAGUGGAGAGAAGCCCUAUGUAUGUAAGCAGUGUGGCAAAGCCUUUACUACAUCCCGUCAGCUUCAUGAACAUGGAGGAACACAUACUGGACAGAAGCCUUAUGAAUGUAAGCAGUGUAGAAAAGCCUUUGCUAGAUCUAGUCACCUUCAGAUUCAUGGAAGAACACACACUGGAGAGAAGUCCUAUGAAUGUAAGCAGUGUGGAAAAGCCUUUGCUAGAUAUAGUCACCUUCAGAUUCAUGGAAGAACACACAUUGAAGAGAAGCCCUAUGAAUGUAAGCAGUGUGGAAAAGCCUUUGCUACAUCUAGUUGCCUUCAGAUUCAUGGAAGAACACAUACUAAAAAGAAACCCUUUGGAUGUCAACAAUGUGGAAAAACAUUUGCUUCAUCCCGUUAUCUUCACAUACAUGGAAGAAUGCAUACCAGAAAAAAGCCCUAUGAAUGUGUACAAUGUGGAAAAGCCUUUACUUCUGCCUCUUACCUUCAGAUACAUAAACGGACUCAUACUGGAGAGAGGUCCUAUGAAUGUAAGCAGUGUGGCAAAGCCUUUGCUAGAUCUUGUGCCCUUAGCAGACAUGAAAACACUCAUACUGGAGAGAAGCCCUAUGUAUGCAAACAAUGUGCAAAGCCUUCACUCAGUCCUCUUACCUUCACUCACAUAAACAAACUCAUACUUGAGAGAAGCCUGAUGAAUGUCAACAAUGUGGAAAAGCCUACACUACUGCCUUUUACCUUCAGAUGCAUAAACACACUCAUACUGGAGAGAAGCCCUAAGAAUGUAGGCAGUGAGGCAAAGCCUUUGCAAGAUCCAGUCACCUUAACAGACAUGUAA